AUGCUUCAAGUUCCAUCCGCUGAAACAUUUUCAAAACAACUCUUAGAUAUCGGUGAUGGAAAAGUUGCUAUAGAUGAAACUGGAUACGUAAAAUUACCGACAGAUUUCUGCACAAUCGCUGAUUCGCAAGAUACUCUCACUGAACAAAUAUUUCCCGAUGUACACACACAGUACAUAAAUCAUGAGUGGCUUGCAGAAUGAGCAAUUUUAGCGGCAAAAAAUGUAGACGUUGACAAUUUAAAUCUGAAGAUAAAAAUUUUGUUGCCAGGGAAAUUGAUAUCAUAUAAAUCUAUUGACAGAGUUUGCGACGACAGCGAAGCAGUAAAUUUUCCCACAGAGUGUUUGAACUCACUGGAUUUACCAGGCAUGCCACCGCAUAAUUUACAAUUAAAGGUUGGAUCUGCGAUUAUUUUGCUUCGUAAUUUGAACCCAACCCGGCUGUGCAACG